AUGAGCUCCGGAGGCUUCGACAACGACGACCACCCAGCAGCAGGCCCCAGCACCCCUCCAACCCCGUCCUCGAGUUCGCACGGCAAAGCACGAGUCCCACCGCCCACACGCACCCCUUCGAACCUCCGCUUCCAGCGCCGAGUCUCCGAGAAGGCUUUCUACGAGGGUUCGUAUCGACAAGGCGGAAUGGAUUAUAGUGGUGCUGCCGGCACCAGUCCGUGGGCCAGCUCGCCGGAUGCGAGUCGGACGAGCUUUAGCAAUGAUAAUGUGCCGAGCGCGGAUCUGCCUGGGCCGGCGGUGGAGCGUGAUGAGGGGAGGAUGAACGGACAUGAGCAGCAGCAGCAGGGUUAUACGGGCAGUUCUUCGUACGCGGUGCCUGGACAGGGACAGCCGGGUAGCUGGUCCCCGGAACAGCAGCAUCAAUGGCAGCAGCAGCAGGCUCAGUAUCAACAGCAUGGACAGCAGCAACAGCAUGACGUGCAGAGAGGAUCGCAUGAAGAGGGUAGACGGCCGCAGUCGGCGCGGUACCAUGGUGUGCCGCCGCAGCAGAGGCAGCAUAUGCCGCAGUACAAGUUGCAGGCGAAGAUCACGGGCUUGGAGAGGAGUGGGAAGAAAGACCCAAUAUUGAAGUUUGAUGUCUACACGAACUUGCCGAAGUUCAGGACUACACAGUUCCGCGAUGUGCGACGAACGCACUCCGAGUUCUUGAAACUGUCAUCUCAUCUGACAGCCUCGAAUCCGGAAGCAUUAGUCCCUGCAGUGCCGCCAGCGUCGACUAGCGCUGGUAUGGGAACUGACGAGGAUGAGGCCCGGACGAAGACUAGCCUUCAGCGUUGGCUCAAUGUCGUCUGCAGUAACGACGUCUUAAUGAGAGACGAAGAGAUGGUGUUUUUUGUUGAGUCAGAUUUUGGCUACAGUCCAGUGGUAAGGAAGCGACAGCCUGCAACGGGCGUGCGAAGGAAAUAUCUCAAGCAAUUCGCACCACCGCCAGAUGACACGCCGGAGUUGCUGGACAGCCGGCCCAUUGUUAAGACGUUCUACCUUGGAGCUAUGGAUGGGCAGCAAAAGCUGGACAGGGUCGUCAGGAACAGGCGUUCUCUUGGACUCGCAGAGGCAGAUUUGGGCGUUAAGUUCGCUGCACUGCAAGCGCAAGAGACUCACCCUGGCCUCGCCAAUGCCUACCGCAAGCUUGGCAGGGUCAUCCAGAACACUGGUGACUUCCACUCUGCACAGGGCACCGCUGAAGCAGCCUCGCUCUCUGAUCCACUGGCAUACCACAGCAGUGAUGCCUUCAUCGUCAAGGAAACACUCACUAACCGACACAUCCUCCUUCGCGAGCUCAUCCAAGCACAGCAAGCUACCCGCUCAAAGCUGUCAGCAGCCGACCGCCUCAAGGCCUCCUCAAGCGUCAAGCGCGACAAAGUCGACGAAGCCAUCUCUGCCCUGGAUGAGGCCCGUUCACAUGAGUCUUACCUCCAGCAGAAGACUCAGCGCGUCACGUCGAAUCUUCUUGUUGAGAAGCGUAAGUGGUUCGCUCGUACCGCGGCAGAUCUCCGCACCAGCAUUCGCGAGUACGUCCUCCGCGAAAUCGAAGCCGAACGCCGCACCCUCGCCACAUUGGAGCAAGUUCGUCCCGACGUCCGUAACAUCGACGCAUCCGGUGGACUCAGCCGUCUUGGUCGUGAAGCCCAUCCCAUCGCUCGUCGCUCUAGUAUGGCUGCGAGUCAAGGACCGAAGGGUGAUGCGUGGAGUGGUGUGCCAAGGCGUCCAGAUGGUUUGAACAGGAGUAUCUCCGGGAGCGUGAUUGGUGGCCACGGAGUUCCGGAGGAAGGUGAAGAAGGUGACGAGGGAGAAGAAGGUGGUGCGAAGGGCAGGAAGAGGGCGGAGAGCCAGUCGAGUAGUUUGGCGAGGUUGGCGGAGGAGGAUGAUGAUGCGGAUCGGGUGGAUGCUAGGAAUGCUGCUUCGAGGUUGGCUCAGACGAGCUUCUAA